GCAGCCGACAAGAAGAGAGCCCGAACGGCAACAACAAACAUGGCGUCGUCUCGUUGCCUCUUGGCGCUGGAGAGAAACUGGACGGAGGAGAAGGAGCGCGCGCUCAUAGCGUUUUUCUCAAAGCACAGCUGUUUGUGGGACCACAGGUCGGAGGACUACAAGAACCGCCAGCUCCGGUGGAAGACCCUGGAGCACCUGAGGAUCCUCCUGUCCUCCGUCCCUCCUCCGGUUCCGUUCAGAGUGGAGGACAUCAAGAACAAGUUCAAGAACCUCCGGACCACCUUCCAGCGCCAGAACAAGCUGGUCCGGGCGAGUCGGGAGGCCGGUUCUGACGGCGUGUUCGCACCGCAGUGGAAGCACUACCAGCAGCUGAUGUUCCUGCGGGGCUGCUGGGAUCAGGACGACGGCCCGGACGAUCCGCCUCCGUCCCCGCUGAACGUCCCGCCGGAGGACAACCGGUCCGUCCUCGCCUCCCCGGGACUCAUCGUCUCCUUCCUCCCCUCCUCCUCCUCCUCCUGUGUCCCCUUCGUGGUGAAGAGCUACUGGACCGAGGAACGAGAGCGGGCGCUCAUCUCCUUCUACAAAGAUCACAGCUGUUUGUGGAGCAAGACGUCUGAAAACUACAACAACCGGCAGCUCCGGCAGAAACUUCUGGACUCUCUGAGGACUCUGCUGUCGGACCACUUGGUGUCCUUCACAGUUGACGACGUGAAGUGCAAGUUCAAGAACCUCCGGACCGUUUUCAACCGCGAGCACAAGUCGGUCCAGGUGAGCCGGACCUCCGACAAGCCCUACACGUCCAAGUGGAAGCACUACCACCAGCUGCUCUUCCUGUGCGAGGACGACUGUCCCGACGACCUGCAGGUCCUGUCGGUCCACGAAGGCCGAGACGUGGAGCGAGGAAGUCCCCCUCCCUCCUCCGGCUCGUCUCAGACCGGCAGCAACCCGUCCACCGCCUCCACUCAGACCGAGGGUCCAGCCGAGUACCAGAUCCCCGUAGCUCCGGACCACCUGAAACUGAGCCCCCCCACGCUCCCGGCCUCCCCGUCCAGAUCUCCGGACAGAAAGCCCUGUUUGGUCCCGCUGGACGGCAGACUGAGCACCGAGUCCCGCUGCCUCUGGAGCGAGGUCAAAGUUCAGCAGCUCAUCUCGUUUUACUCCGAACACAGCUGUUUGUGGAACCACAGGUUGGAGAACUACAGGAACCGUUUCCUGAGGCAAAGUCUGCUGGAGAAGCUGAGCGGACUCCUGUCGCAGAACGAGCCGGUCCCGUUCUCAGUGGAAGACAUAAAGACGAAGUUCAGGAACCUGCGGACCAUCUUCCAGCGCGAGCACAAGGCGGUGAGCUCCAACCGGACCUGCGGUUCUGAGGACUUCUACCUUCCCAAGUGGAAACAUUACCCGGAGCUGAUGUUCCUCUGCAACUCCUGCGACGAAGACGACGAGGAAUUUCUCCACCAGCGUUGCUCCACCUCCAACCAAACCGCCUCCAGUCAGACCGUCAUGGUGCCUAGCCUCAACACCCCGCCCUCGCCGACUCCCCCCGACUCCCAGCGCUCCUCCCCCUCGUCCUCCCCCUCCACGCCCUCCUCCCACACGGACCGCAGAGCGCCGGGCUGUAAGCGGGCGCGCCGCCAGCCGCCGGCCUCUACGGGCGAGCUGAUGGAGCUGAUGAGGAGCGUCUGCCAGAACCAGAGCGCGUCGCCGCACGCCGGCUUCCUGAAGUACGUGGAGGAGUGUCUGAACGAGACGCCGCCCGACAAAGUCAAGAAGCUGAAGAAGAAGAUCAUCGAGACGAUUCACAACGCCACGGAGGAAGUGUAGGUCCGGCGGGACCGCCGCAGUUCGACUCUUUAACUUAUCCGACGCUCUCAGUCUUUAUAGUUUUGUCUCCGUCGGCUCCUGCUGAAAACGUAAGUUUAAAGAAAAGCUCCGAGCAGGCACGUCUGCAGA